AUGCAUUUUUGGUUGCAGCGUGAGGUGGCAACGAAAACGAAAGCAAUUUGUUACCUAGAAGAGCGUCAUCAAGCAUAUCGCAAUGUUAUCCUAGAAAACCAUUUGGUUAUAAAGGACGAGUCGAUGGACGAUUGGCGUUACGGGUUCUCGGACCCACGUUAUGUCGUUAACGUCUCAAAGCGUGUCCAAACCGACCUCACGGAAGAAGCUUUGCGCAAAAACGAAGUGCAUUUUAUCAGUCUGGCGGACAAAUUAAAGGAGCUGGAAGAAGAAAUUUCAUCCAAAAAAAGUGACAUGUUGGAACGGUUUCAAGAAAUAGAAAAGGAUUUGCUUUCAAAAAAUCUGUUGGUGGAUUCGUUAACUCACCAACUGGAGGAAGCUGACAAGGAAGCAGCGCAAGCAACGGAACGGCAUCAAAAAGAACGUGAAGCUUUCCUUGAGAGACUAUCCGAAUUAGGACAAAUCGCUGAAAACGUUCCGAUACUGCAAUUCGAACUCGAAAAACUACAACAGGUUAUAUUUAAAUUGGCUGGCAAUUUCUCCACUUUUCCCAGUUUUUAA